AUGCACGGCCGCGUCAAGAGCGUCGAACGCGAGAAGGAGAAGCAGAAGACGGAUGAACAGCGUCAGGAGGAGCUCUCCAAGGUGCGCAUGUACCAUGAGGUGGCUGGCAAAGUCCUCGACAUGAAGCGCCAGCAGCUGUACGAGCCGAGCGUGCUGCCGCUGACCAGCCACCUGUUGCUGCUCAACCCCGAGUUCCACGUGUCGAACGGAGCUGUAUCGUUCCCCUCUAUUACUGGCAUGUUGAUGUCUAAGCGUUCUGUCGAGGAUCUGGAAUGCGUUCGCGGGGAAAUUCUGUCUAACGAUGUGACAUCGUUUGGCGCGUAG